GCUUGCGGGAAGAGCAGGAGGACCCGUGAAUCGAGUCUGCGCUCAUACGGCUUUUGCAGCUGCUGGGGCAGCGGGGGGAGGAACAGCUGUUCACAGAACAGCCAGGCCGAGGAGUCAGUCACAUUCUUGGCUGGGAUUCAAUGACUCAACCAGACACAAACAAACAGCGAGCGAGAGACAAAUACUUGAACUAUGCACACACGGUUUUUACACCAGGUACUGGGCGCCGGCCUGCUUUUACCUUCACUGGAACAAGAUUUCGUUGUCGAAGGUACCGUUUAUUUUGCGCUGUAAAGCUACGUAUCAUUUUAAUAUGAAGCAAUCGCUGGGAACCGAAAAAACGAACCGACUCCGUGUCGCUUUUUGCUUUUGAAAGUGACCCGAAACUCCAGUCUUUGCUACAGACCUUUCUGAAUAUUGCUCUAGAUAUUCAUUGGCGUUUUCCCACCUGAACUGAUCGGAAAAGUUUAUUUUUUAUUUUAUUUUAUUUGAUAUAUAUUUUCUGUGCUGGCGCUUAUAACAAUAGAGAACAUGGAGGAGGUGUCGAGCUUCCGACCUCAUGCGGGACUUCAGCGAACUCUAAAGCAGUUCCACUUGAGCUCGAUGAUCUCGCUGGGCGGCCCGGCGGCUUUCUCAGCUCGCUGGCAGCACGAAGCUCCUUUCGAGAAACAGGGCAAGAAGAGCUCAGAUCUGCCACUGCUUCCUAGCCUGAGGACCCAGACACCAUCAGCCCUACCCGGGCCUCUGCUCAUCGCUCCAGACCGCUCCACGGAGCGCUGCGACACUGUGCUGGAGCGAGAGACCAUCUCGUGCUUCGUGGUCGGCGGUGAGAAGCGCCUGUGUUUGCCGCAGAUCCUUAACAGCGUACUGCGCGACUUCACCCUGCAGCAGAUCAACGCUGUUUGCGAUGAGCUGCACAUUUACUGCUCGCGGUGCACAGCCGAACAGUUAGAGAUCCUAAAGAUAAUGGGUAUAUUACCAUUCUCGGCACCUUCUUGCGGACUCAUUACGCAGACAGAUGCUGAGCGACUGUGCAAUUCCUUACUGAACGGCGGUGCGCUGCCACUGCGCCUCGACAAGGAGCUCGCGUGUUCUUCUUCUUCAUCCACCUCUUCCUCCGCCGACCGGGCCUUUAAGGUGUACCACGAAUGUUUCGGCAAGUGCAAGGGUCUGUUCAUGCCAGAGCUGUAUACGAGUCCGCAUGCAGCGUGCAUCCAGUGCAUGGAUUGCAGACUGAUGUUCCGUACGCACAAGUUCGUGGUCCACAGCCACAAGCGCUUGGAGAACAGGACGUGCCACUGGGGUUUCGACUCGUCCAACUGGAGGGCCUACAUCCUCUUGGAUCAAGAUUACACCGAGAAAGAGGAGAAGGCUACAUUGCAGCAGCUUCUCAACGAAUUAAAGGGGAAAUAUGACCUCGGGAACAAACACAAGAGCUCAUCUUUCAGGGAAUAUAGUCCCAUUCCAACCAAGAGGUCCAAACAGGAGGUUUCCCAAUCUGAGGACAAAGAAAAGCAAAUGGAAUGGUUUCAGUGUUUGGCAACAUCUGCAAAUAAGGAUCUCAAGCGGCUUCAGAUCAAGCAGAGGCCAUCAGCCUUUCGGCCCUGGUCUGCGAGGGUUCCAUCCACCGAGAGAGCAACUCCUAGUCACAAACAUGAGCAACCACUACCCAAAAACCCAGAGAGCAUGGCAUCACCCCCAAACACCUUGCAGAAGAAAAAGCAGCCAGAGGAGUCCGGUGCUGGAGGUACCCAGCCUGGCUAUAGCCACAUGUCCAAGAAAACUAAGUGCUGGCCAUCUGGCAAGGACCAGACACAGCCUGCAGCCUGCCUCAUUCAUCCCACGCAGUAUGACUCCAACUCGGGUACAGAGAUUGAGGUGGACAACUGUGAUGAGGUGCCUUGUGCCCAAUCUCUAACUAAUGGAGUUGUUGUGGAGCAGUAUGAGGGUGGGCACAGAUCUACAGCUGCCCCUAGCUCAGAACUUGAGUUCUUGCAGCAGAUGCUAUAUAAAAAUCUGAGCUCCAGAGAGGCCCGAGAGAGGUUCCUGCAGGAUAUUGUGCAUAUGCAAGUUGUUCAGGAGGAAAAGCUUACAGCGGCUUUGCAGGCCAAGCACAGCCUUCAGCAGGAGCUGGAGUUUUUACGAGUGAGUAAGAAGGGCCGGUUGCGGGAGGCUAUUGAAGCCAAGCGUAACCUGCGAAAGGAGCUUGAGCGGUUGCAAUCAGAAUGUGAGAGGAAGGUGCAUGAUGCCAGUGAGUCCUGUAGAAGACUGAAAAGGGAGCUGGAGCAUGAGCGGCAGGUGCACAAGUGUGACAAGUGUUAUGAGCCAAGCCAGCUGAGGGCUAAGUACUCUACCCAGGUUGAGGCUCUCCAGGUGAAGCUGCAGCAAGCUGAGACUGAUCGUGAGCAGCUACGAGAGGAGCUGCUGCAGGAGCAUGAAGCUCGACAAAGUCUGGAACAAGUGGUGAUCCAACUUCAGCAGCAGCUUAGUGAACUUAGCCAGCAGCAAUCGUAGCAAGACAUCUGGAAGGAUAUUGUAGAUGACAGUUUGGAAAACAGCAUUGCAGGACUCAAAAUAUAUAUUUUUUGGCCUCAUUUUAUGAACAAAAUGAGCAUGUGAAAAAAGAUUUAAGGGAGCAAAAUAUACAUGUAUAUUCGUUAUACAUUUAUAGACAGCUGUGGAGACCAUAUGAGAGGUAUAUGAACAUCAUUCACAGAGCUGGUCCCACUCCCCUUACACAAGUCCUGAUCUAAGACAUUAGUCCACAUGGUCUCAGAUCAGUGCAGAGGACACUCCAAGAAGGCAGCAUCAAAUGGGACUAAUACCCUUUCAUUUCAUUUCGUUAGCUUCUUAAGCUAAUCCAAUGAAUUUAUAAUGUUAUAAGCUAUUUAACAAAGAUACUUGAAAAUAUUACAAAUAUCUCAAUGCCAGGGGAAAAAAGGAGAUUUUUCUGGUAGUGAGAUUACAGUAGCUACAGUAGAUGACCUGAUCUAUGAAACAAGAAGGCAUUACAAAGCCAAAUCAUACAGAAGAGACACAUCACUACAUAUACUAAUGCUUCUGAUGCAUUUUUAUGUUUCACUUUGUUGUAUCCAAGUAAUUAGCAUGAACAACUGUACUAUGUAUGUCAUGGGUGGGCUUCAUAUAAACAUAUGAGUGCAUUUUUUUUAAAUAUAUUUUUUAAUAUUCUUUUGGUACAUUUAAAUCCCUUGUACUAUUGUCUUGACAAAUGUUUUUGUCAAUCCAUAAUUACUCCUAAUUCCAAUAUCUUUUGCAAGUAUUUUAUUCUGUACAACACUUGCAUCUGUUAAAAUGAACAGUAUUUUGUAGCCUUUGAAAAGUACUUUCUCAACAGUGUUUCAGCAGUCAGAAGAACCAAAACCUGUAUUUUCUGGUGCAUUAUCAGCAAUAGCAAAUGCUAAAAGUGUCCAUUUUAGUCACUGGUUCUAGGGCUUGUUGAUGAAAUAUAUUUGACAGUAACAUUUUUACUUGUAUACAAAAUAUGAAUAUAUAUUUUUUUACUCUACCAAAAAAUUGCACUUUUGAAAAGAGGAAUUGUACUCUUUUACAAUGCACAGUUAUAAAUGUGCAUUUUAUGCCUUUCACGUUUCAAGCAAGCGAGAGCUGGUUUAAAAAAAUUUCAUACUUGUUACUUAAUGUAAAUAACACUUAUUAGACAUUAGAGGAUAAUUAUUGUAAAUACACUUGGCUAAUGCUCAUCUAUUGCUUUUGUUCUCAAUCUAUAUAUCCUGUAUGAAUCUCACUUUCAUUUAAAGGGCGUUUAAUGUAUACAAUUCUUAUAAUGUAAUGUGGGGGAAAUGUUCGGUAAUUAUAUUUCUGGUUAGUGUCAGUACAAAUCACUUUAAUCACCAAAGCAUCUGUUUGAGAUAAAACCUGCUUUUUUUCCCCCUCACACACAUACAAAAGUACAUACUUUAUAUAAAUCUGUGCACUUAUAUAGUUGACUAAACCGUCAUUUGCUUUAUUUAUUCUCAGUCAUUUUAAUAUUUUUAAAUGAACAGUUUGUCCUGCCUCUCACCAUUUUCUCAGUUCCAUCCUCUUGAUUCUGUAAUCCAGUGGACUACAAAGACACAGUGUGCUGCUGGCAUAGUUUUGGUUUUGAUGUGGCUUAAAUUUUCCACUUGUUUUAUGUUCUCUGCAUAUAAUACUCAUUAUAUAAAAAUGACAAUAAUUCUA